AUGCGCUCCACCACCACCGUACUGACAGCAGUGAAGCGUUUGUCUCGUCCUAUAGCACCUUGCUCUAGCCACAACCUCGCGUUGAAUGUUCAGCGCCCUCUGCGUCGCCAUGCCUCGACCUUGAUCGCCACCACCACAUCGUCCACUCGAUCACGAUUCGGGCUCGUGCUCAGUGCUGCUUCGUUCCGAUCGUCAUCCACCCCUUCAAAUACCCGCGGAUAUGCUUCGAAUCCUUAUGAAGGUCCCUCGGAUUCGACGCGGACAAGAGCUGCAGUAGGGGUCAGUUCCUCCACUAGUUCGAUGUCAUUCCUCUCUCCUCCUCACCCCGCUUCCUCUGCUCCCUCUUCGAUCCCAUGCCAGCCCUUCACCCUCCGAGCAGGGGCCAUCUUUGCAGUCACCGGCUUGGGUCUCUAUUUCUACUUCCAAAAGGAAAAGGCCAAGAUCCAGGCGCACAAGGAACAGGAACAUGCGACGGCCAAGAUCGGCCGACCGAACAUUGGUGGACCGUUCGUGCUGACCGAUCAGGAGGGAAAGAGUUUCAGUGAUCAGGAUAUGGUUGGCAAAUGGAGUUUGGUCUAUGUAAGCUGCUUUUGAGCGAGUGAUUCGUGGGAAUCAUUGGUCCACUCGAGCGGUCCGGAGCAGCUGACGCCCUCUCCUCUGGUGCUCUCCAGUUCGGCUUCACCAACUGCCCCGACAUCUGCCCCGAGGAGCUGGACAAGAUGGGACUGGUAGUCAAAGCCAUCUGUGAGUCGAGCAUCCUCAACGCGUAUGCUUAGGAAACCCUCCCUUCGCUCCGGCAGACGAUCCUGACCUGUUGUUCUGCCCCACAGCCAAAUCGCACAAGAUCGACAUCCUCCCCAUCUUCAUCACAUGCGACCCCGCACGAGACAACGUGCAAGCUGUCAAGGCCUAUGUUCAGGGUGAGAGAGACAGAGAGCAAGGCCGGCUCGGUUGUGUUCUGUUCGGGGUCGGCGGCUGACCUUAUGCCCCAUUUUCACUCCGAUAACAGACUUUAUUCCUUCGUUGGUCGGCUUGACGGGCACGUACGAGGACAUCAAAAAGUGUUGCAAAGCCUAGUGAGUCGUUCGCUGGGGUUGACGACAUUCUCCCCGAGUGAUCACUCAAGAUCCUUCUCCCUUUCUCGAUUGGUUUCGUCACAGCCGCGUGUAUUUCUCGACCCCACCCGAUGCGAAACCGACGGAUGACUACCUAGUCGACCACUCCAUCUUCUUCUACCUCAUGGACCCGAACGGCAAGUUCGUCGACGCGUUCGGGCGGUCGAUGGGCCCCGUCGAGGUGGAGAACAAGAUUGGCAAGUAUUUGAGCUUGUGGAAUCAGACCGACGGGAAAGAGGGCUGGAGUGAUAUGAAGUAG